AUGCCUACUGCGGGAAUUGUUGUGAUCAUCAAGCUCUAUGCCCAAGAACCGAUGCUGGGUAUCGCCCAGGAUAUGAGACAGUGGUUGUGUGUACUUAUUGCAUUGAAAUGCUCAGUAGUACGCAUCCGCUCCAUCCUACGUAUCCCAGCCCAGCCGAUUGACCUCAAUACAGUCACUGCGAGCGGCAAGUCACAGUUGCGGGGAAUGACCGUCCAACGCCUUCGCACAUACCUGGAUGCGUAUGGAAUCAAGCCUAAAAGCGUGCUGGAAAAGGACGACCUGAUCGAGGCAAUCAUAGAUGCUCGAGGCCUUAACGGUUGUUUGAGUUCAGAAAACGAGAAGUUCUAUCGAAGGUAUACAAUCGCAAGGCGCAGUCCUCCGGACACGAGGCAGCGUGGCGCGAAUACUUCGUCAAACGAUCGGUCGAACGGCCCCGUUCCGCCACAACGACCCAGAUCUACGGACCCGAGAUUGAAUGCAGGCAACAGACCAACCGCUCAGCAAUCACGGUCACCUCCACCGCCCAUGCCUAGCCGCUCCUCUGACCCGUAUUCACAAAACCCACAACACAAUCGUCCAAUGUCUCCUAGGCAAGAGCAAUCUGCGCCAACAUGGUCACCUCCAAGGAGCCCACCUCCUUUGCGCUUCCCAACUCCUCACCAUGCUCCAAAUACUUAUCCGCGACCAAACUCCCCACCUCCUCAGCCCCGCUGGCAAACUCGUCCACAGUCUCCGACAGCUGAACCUAGGGAUCAACCCUGGCCACCCAGUGGAGGCCGUAGCCGUAGUAGAUCGGUUCCAUCGUCAGAAGCACCUAACCCAAACGUCAAUCGACCCCCUCCUCCUCCUCCGCCGCCGUCCUCACCUCGUCCCCGGGCACCCCAGGCUGUGCCAUUGUUGGCGACCAUCGUUGGAAUGACGCGAGAGGAUUUGUCUCUGUAUAAUGUGGCUACUCUCAAGGGCAUCCUACAAGCAAAUCACGUCAACGCAAGGUUGAUAUUGGAAAAGUCGGAGCUGAUUGACAAGGUCAUGAUUCUCAUCGAGACGGAGAUGCGCGAACGAGCGAGAGAACAGGCGAUUCACGAAGCCGAAGAGAGAGCUAUGCGUGAGCAGCAGAGAAUCAGACAGGAGCAACUUCGAGCCGAAGCUGGGCGUCGUGUGCAGGAAACAGCGAGUCAAGACUCACAUCCCUCGAGGGCGCGGUCUCCUCCUCCUCCAGAGAGACCGACUAGCCCUCGUCCAGCCCCGACUGUUUCCACUGGAUAUGUUGAACGAGAUGGGCUUUGUGUGGUUUGCCAGGACGAAGAGGCCAAUGUUGCCAUUGUCGACUGCGGUAAACUACUCCCUGUUCUAAUCAUUCCAGCGUUCAAUUAUACCACUCUCGUGCUCGCUUCACCCAUCCGACGACGCCAAGACUUGGCCACAAUCCUACGCGAUAUUGGCCUCGAAAGGAUCAUGAUCAGAAGCAACUCGGGCUCCAGUUGUCAUAGUCUAGCUGAUGAUGACUGCUCCUCUGUUGCGCAGGACAUCAGCGCUGCGAACCUCAUUGCUGGUUUUGUGGACCAGUUGACGAGCCAUUUCGACACGAGAUCUACAGACGAAUACCCGUAUCUCCCCGUAACAGACUCGCUCGUUUCUGCUCAAUUCGCUGUCGCCAGCUCGACCGUCCAGUCGUGGCCUGCAUCGUCCGAGCAGCCAUCAGCGACUGUACACGCAGUCAAUUCAGACACUCCAGUGACAUUCGAGCGAACCACAUUCUACGCAACCUCGAACAGUGGCAAUCUGCGCGUGGGCACAUCAACGGCAUAUCACAGUCUUACGAGUACGAAUUCCAUUGCUGAACAGACAGUUGCCUACCAGAACUCUACCGUCAACUUUCGUCCAAUCUCCACUGACCGCGGACAAUUCUUGUGGCUCUUCUUCAUCAUCCUCCCAGCCGGCGUUGCCACCGCUGUAUGGCUCUUGCACAAUCACAGUCGUCGAUCAUCUGACAAGGCGUCGGGGGACUAUACUAUGGCACGAAGCGACUCCUCUCAUACGCUAACUUCCUCAAACUCGCUCGGUAUCAUCAGCGCCGAUCAUAGAGAAGACGGUACACUUGAUGAAGUGCAUGCUGCUGUGUCUUCGAGCUCCGUUCUUGCACCUCGUCUCUCGUCGACGGAAGACUUUGCAUUUCCUACCUUCAAAGGCCCAGUACUUCUCAACGAAGAGGUUGAAUUAGACCGUUUCGCCCAUCUCGAAACGGCACCAUUUCCUUCGAAACAGGAUUUAUGCUCUUAUGUGUUUCCCGCGACGGGCUUAUCCGUGGAAAGAGAAAUCAUGGUGCAAAAGGCGAGCGACAAAACUCAGAUGACGCCAUCGAGGGCUACUCAAGGACGAAUACUCACGACCAAUCGCUUUGUAUACCCUGCGAGCAGAACAUUAGCCCCGCCCACCCUCGGCAUGCGGUCCCUGACCGCAACUAGGAAGCGACUCUCGCCUGUCGGAGAUGUUUUGUACUCUACGACCGGUAGAGAACAUUUGGAGACGGUGGAAGAGGAGGCACCUGAAGCAUACGAUAUAGACACCCCGAAGCCGACUUUCAAUUCGGGUCCUGAUAAUACCUCGCUAGGCGUAGAGAGCAAUACGGUCAUAUUUGCGACCUCAAACUCUUACACCAUGGAGGUUUCAAGUGGCCUGCGCGCGAGAAGAAAGUCAAGCCCCGUUGUACCUUCUCCUACCCUCAAAGACGACCAUCAGGACGCGGUUUUAGUGAACCAGAUGUCAGUACAGCGUCCGUCUCGGCCAAAGAGGAGUAGCAGACAUCAAAGGUCGGUCAACACAGUGAACCUCGAGAGCCUCGUCAUUCGUGAUGAGGUUUCAUCAUCUGCCGACGUAGAAGACCGCAAGUUUACUCAGUUUGUCAAGGAGCUAGUGCGGCGCGCCGACGAGCUUCGAAGGGAUCGCGAAAGAUUGACCCAACACGAAGCUCACUACCAUCAUGUCCAGAUCAGGAUACCCGACGCACCUCAGGAAACGACAAAAGUGUGUUUUGCGGAGAAAUGUGAUGACCUGCAAGGGGACUAUCUGGCACCACCCACAUCGACGAGCGCCCAUCUCAGCGACUUUAGCAGCUCCAGCAGUAUUUCGAGCGAUAUGGUUUCCUCGUCCUCGAGCAGCUCGAUGAUUGGAAUUGCACACUAG